AUUUAUGAGCACAUUAAAAAUAUUUAUAAAUCGAAGGCCGUAUGACCGAAAUGGCUAAGGCGUUAGUCCACCAUUCUGGAAUAUCCGGAAUCGAAUGUGGGUGAGAAAUCCCAGAAUUUUUUACAAGUGGUCUGUCUUUCAGCGGCUGCCCCCAUUGUGGGUUUGGCUGAACCCACGAUGGAUAUGAAAAAACGCCCUCGGGGAGGAAAAAUGGGGUCGCUGCAGCUUAAAGACUCUGGGUCAUGUGUUAUUUCACGUGUAAUAAAAAUCAUGGAUUUAUUGAUAAACGUGACCACAGAUUCCAUCAAAAAGUCUAAACCUUCACAAAAAGAAUCGUCUGAAAAAAGUGAAAAGUUAAAUGUUGAAAAUGUCACUAGUAAAAAGAAACCAUUGAAAAAAAAGAAAAAGGAUCAAAAUAUUAAAGUUGAUGAUACAAAAGUUAAAGAGGGAGACAUCAAACCAGUUGAAGAGAAGUUAUCGACGCAAGUUAUUUCAUCUCUGUUUAAACAUAAUCCUGAAAUUCCAAAUGUAAAAUUAUUAGAAGUUAAACAAGUAGAAGAACCAUUAUUUUCUAAUGAAGAAUUCAGCAAGUUAUCACUUCAUCCUCAUUUGAUUGCUUGCCUGAGGGAUAGGUUUUCAAUUACAGAGAUGACUUCUGUACAACAAAGAACAAUUCCUCUUAUACUAAAAGGAAAGGAUGCACUUGUCAAGUCUCUGACUGGUUCAGGUAAAACUCUUGCUUAUGCAAUACCAAUUAUGCAAAAGUUACAAGCUAUAACACCAAAAUUAAAGAGAUCCGAUGGAAUCUAUGCCAUAGUUAUUGUACCUACAAGAGAGCUUGCCAUUCAGAGUUAUGAAUGUUUUGAAAAAUUAUCAAGAGCUUUUACAUGGAUAGUGCCAGGCUAUUUAAUUGGAGGUGAGAAAAAGAAAUCUGAAAAAGCAAGAAUAAGAAAAGGUAUUACAGUAUUAAUUUCAACUCCUGGAAGAUUACUAGACCAUAUUGAACAUACAUCUAAUUUGAAUGUCAGUAAUGUCAGAUGGUUGGUGAUUGAUGAAGCAGAUAGAUUGUUUGAACUGGGCUUUGAACAAUCAAUUUCAAAAAUUGUUUCAUAUCUAGCUGAACAUAAUCAGUUUCAAAGACAGACAAUACUUCUCUCUGCAACAUUAUCUAAAGAUGUUGAAAGGCUUGCUGGAAUGAGUCUCGUUACUCCUGCAAUCGUGGAUGUAUCUGCAACUACUUUCGAUCGUGUUAUGUCUUCCGACGAGUUUGUUGUCUCUUCAUGUCUUGAACAAUAUUUCAUCAUUGUACCCAUUAAAUUGCGUCUAGUGUGUUUAUCAGCAUUUAUUAUAGACAAAUGUGCUAUGGGUCCAUUAAAAGCACUCAUUUUUAUGUCAACACAAGAUGUUGUGGAUUAUCAUUUCAUAUUAUUCUCAGAUAUUCUUCAAAAAUUAUUGAAAGAAAUUGAUAUUUCUGCUGGUUUCUUUAAAUUGCAUGGAAAUAUGACUCAACAGGAGAGAACACAAAUAUUCAAGGAAUUUAGAGAAACAAGAGCUGGAAUUCUUUUAUGUACAGAUGUUGCAUCCAGAGGUCUCGAUCUUCCAAAAGUAGAUUGGAUAAUUCAGUUUAGUGCUCCCUGUAAACCAGAAGAGUAUGUCCAUCGCGUUGGACGAACGGCACGAAUUGGUACUCACGGACAGGCAGUAUUGUUUCUUCUUCCUUCAGAAGCUGGAUUUUUGAAGACAUUACAGGAUUAUAAAAUAAAUUUGAAAAGUAUUAAAAUGGAAGAUCUAAUAAAAUCAGUUUUGUUGCUUGAACAAAAAUCAGAUAGAAGACAAAAGCAUUCAAAAACUAUUGAAGAACAUGCUACUAACCUACAAUUGAAGUAUGAAAAUUAUGUUUAUGGAAGCCCUGCUGUACAUGAAAUGGGAAAAAAAGCUUUCACGUCUUACGCCAGAGGUUAUGCAUCUUAUCCGAGAUCUCUGAAGCAUAUCUUUUCAAUCAAGCAAUUACAUCUUGGACAUGCUGCAAAAAGCUUUUGUUUGAGAGAAGCACCAUCUGUUCUCGGAGUUUCGGUAUCAAGAAAUUUGAAUACAGAUAAAAAUCAACAUAGGAAGAGAGGUGGUUUUAAGAGAAAGUUUGAUAAUGCAUUUUCUGAGUAUGAUAGUGGCCUGACAAUGGACAAAAAAUUGAAAAGACCGACUCAUUCAGUUCCGAAAAGGACAUUUGAUAAACCAAACAAAGACAUUAAGAGAAAUUUAGUUCAGCAUUCAGAAUUUGAUAGUGGUCUUAAUGAAGAACAUAAACAGAAAGAUGAUAUGUUUUUCUCUAAUAAUAAGUAUGUAAAUAAAAAAGAUGUUGAAAAUGAAAGAAAUUAUACUAAAGCAUUCCAAAAAAACAAAUUUAAUAAACGAAACAGUGCAACAAAACAAUCAACCUUUUCCGAAUUCGACAGCGGCCUCGAAAUGGACACGAACGAAAGUACAGAAUACGACAGUUCUCCUCCGAGAAAUCAGAAGAAGAAAUUCAAAUAUUAAUUUCAUUACAAUGAAAUAUAUUUUUAUCUAUAGAAGAAAUGUUAUAAUAUAAGACAACACUGAGGUAUAAAUUUGUAUAUUAAAUGUUAUACAGAAUUUAAGAUUUUAGUGUGUGGAUGCCAAUGAAUAUUGUUUAAUAAAAAAAAAUAAAUGAAGACAGAGCAGUUUAUUUAAGAGAUAUUUUAUUAAUUAAUAAUUUAU